CACCCAAUCACUCUCCUCAAAAUCUUGUUAACGUGAAUGCCCCUUAAUUUGUGGCGGUUUCAUAGUUCAUCAAACUUUACCCUUCAUUUCACACUCAUCUUCAUCACCAACACUCAGAUUUUCCUCCAAAGUUACAAUCUUUUUCCAAAACCCACUUCAGAUCUUCAUCCAACACCACAAUGUUCACUAGAAAACCCACUUUCAGAUUCACCUAUUUCCUCCUCCUCACCCUUUUCCUCGUACUCAGUUACAACGUUGUCACAGAGUGUUCCGAGGAUGUCCCUGCUGACAAAGAAGAUGAUGAUUUGGCUGAGCUUUUCGCAGUGGACGAUGAAGUGGAGCGGGAAGAGAAAGACGGUGGUGGCGCUGUGAAAUUCUCAGAAGCUAAUGUUGUAACCAGAGCCCAGAGGAUUGUUCUUGAGCUGAACAAUGACAACACUGAGAGGAUUGUUAAUGGGAAUGAGUUUGUUUUGGUUCUGGGGUAUGCACCUUGGUGUCCGAGGAGUGCUGAGAUCAUGCCCCAUUUUGCUGAGGCUGCAAACUCUCUCAGUGAAUUGGGUACUUCUCUUGUGAUGGCUAAGUUGGAUGCUGAUAGGUAUUCUAGGCCAGCUUCGGUUCUUGGGAUCAAAGGGUUCCCCACUUUGCUUCUCUUUGUCAAUGGCACCUCUCAUCCAUACACUGGCGGUUUUACAGCGGAUGAUAUAGUCAUAUGGGCAAGGAAAAAGACUGGUGCACCUAUUAUCAGAAUAAGUACUGCGACGGAAGCAGAGGAACUUUUGAAAAAGUAUCAUACAUUUCUCAUUGGUCUGUUUGAUAAAUUUGAGGGCCCUGAGUAUGAAGAAUUUGUGAAUGCGGCAAAAUCUGAUAAUGAAACCCAAUUUGUUGAAGUGAGUAAAGUCGAGCUUGCCCAAGUCCUUUAUCCAGAUAUCAAGCCUGCUGAUCGUUUUCUUGGAAUUGUUAAGAGUGAUCCCGAAAGAUACACUGCAUAUGAUGGAGCUUUUACAGUGAAUAAAAUAUUGGAGUUUUUAGACUACAACAAAUUUCCAUUAGUUACAAAGCUGACUGAAAUGAAUUCUAUCAGAGUCUACUCCAGCCCCAUCAAGCUUCAGGUUUAUGUCUUUGCAAACGCUGAUGACUUCAAGAAUCUUCUUGAUCCUCUUCAUGAUGUUGCAAGAACUUUCAAGUCGAAGAUAUUGUUUAUACUUGUGGAUAUUAACGAUGAGAACCUUGCAAAGCCCUUCCUAACAUUGUUUGGUCUGGAAGAGUCAACAAAUACUGUGGUAGCUGCAUUUGAUAAUGCAAUGAGCUCAAAAUAUUUGUUGGAGUCAAAACCAACACGAAGCAAUAUUGAGGAGUUCUGCAAUAAGCUCGUGCAAGGUUCUUUGUCAACUUACUUCAAGUCACAGCCAAUACCAGAUAAUACAGAAGCUGAUAUCCAUGUUAUUGUUGGGAAAACAUUUGAUGAUGAAAUUUUGACCAGCAAGAAUGAUGUGCUUCUGGAGGUAUUCUCACCAUGGUGUUUCAACUGUGAGGAGAUAAGCAAGCAAGUAGAGAAGUUGGCAAAGCACUACAAAGGAUCAAGUAAUCUAAAAUUUGCAAAGAUAGAUGGUUCAGCAAAUGAACAUCCACAAUUGCAAGUGAAUGACUAUCCCACACUUUUACUUUACAGAGCAGAUGAUAAAUCAAAUCCGAUCAAACUGUCUACAAAGUCUAGUUUGAAAGAAUUGGCUGCGUCCAUCAACAAACAUCUAAAAGUCAAGAGCCAAGGCGUCAAAGAUGAGUUAUAGAACUAGUUUUGUGAAACAAAAAAUUACCUUCUAUAGAAAGAAACCAAUAGGGGACAAAAAAUAUUAUGGUGCCUUGCUUAAUCAUUUUCUAGUAUAUUUUUCCUCACCUUUGUAUCAGUUUAGAUAUAAGGUCUGUUAUCAGAAUUAGCUCAAAAGCAAGGCCAGAUUAAAAAAAUAGUGAACGUACUUGUGUAACUUCGACAUAUGUAUCAGUCAACUUUAUUCCAUUUAAAUCAUAGAAACCCCUGAGAAAUACAGGCUUAAAGUCCCUGUGUUGACAUUGUUGUCUAA